AUGAAUAUCAAGCCCGUUCAAGGGAAACAGCCACCACUGAUCGCGAUUUGCAUUUCAUCUGAGAACUGGUUGGCCUCAUGCUAUGCUCGUUAUGGCUCUAAGCAGUGCGUGGAGUGGAGCCUGAAGUGUAAGAGCAAAUACUUGAGGGUAGGCGGUGAUGUGACUGUACAAGAGAAGGAAUGCGUCAUGAGU